AUGUUGUGUAAAGUGACCGUCAGCGGAGCGAGGAGGGCGACGCGGACGCUGUGGCUGCUGGUGCUGGUGAGUCUGUCUGUGAGCAUCUGUGUGUGUCGAGCCUCCUCCUCAUCGCUCCAGGAGGAGGACAGCGCCAUGGAGAACAUCGACACGGAGAAGAAGGCGGAGGAGAGCCACCGGCAGGACAGCGCCGACCUGCUCAUCUUCAUCAUGCUCCUCACCCUCACCAUCCUCACCAUAUGGCUGUUCAAGCACCGGCGCUUCAGGUUCCUGCACGAGACCGGGCUGGCCAUGAUAUACGGAGUACUCGUUGGAGUGGUCUUGCGUUACGGCAUCCACGUUCCUCGGGACAUCAGCAACGUCACGCUGAGCUGCCACGUGAACGCCAGUCCUGCCACUCUGCUCGUCAACGUCAGCGGCAAAUUCUACGAGUACACUCUGAAAGGAGAGAUCAGUGCCAACGAGGUGGACGACGUGCAAGAUAACGAGAUGCUGCGAAAGGUGACCUUUGACCCAGAAGUGUUCUUCAACAUUCUUCUACCACCAAUCAUCUUCCAUGCUGGCUACAGCUUGAAAAGGAGACAUUUUUUCCGCAACAUGGGAUCCAUUCUCGCUUAUGCCUUUCUGGGGACUGUUAUUUCCUGUUUUGUUAUCGGGUUGCUGAUGUACGGCUGUGUGAUGCUGAUGAAGCAGGUGGGGCAGUUGGAUGGAGACUUCUUCUUCACUGAUUGUCUUUUCUUUGGCGCCAUCAUCUCUGCCACAGACCCUGUGACGGUCCUGGCCAUCUUCAAUGAGCUGCAGGUAGACGUGGAUCUGUACGCGUUACUGUUUGGAGAGAGCGUGCUCAACGAUGCUGUGGCUGUGGUUCUGUCCUCGUCUAUUGUAGCGUACCAGCCAGCGGGAGACAACAGUCACACCUUCGAGGUCAUGGCGAUGCUGAAAUCUUUUGGGGUUUUCCUCGGAGUCUUCAGUGGCUCUUUCGCUCUGGGGGUGGCCACGGGAGUCGUCACUGCUCUCGUGACCAAGUUCACAAAGCUGAGAGAUUUCCAGCUGCUGGAGACGGCUCUGUUCUUCCUCAUGUCAUGGAGCACGUUCCUGUUGGCUGAGGCCUGUGGAUUCACAGGUGUGGUCGCUGUGCUGUUCUGUGGAAUCACUCAGGCCCACUACACCUUCAACAACCUGUCCCCAGAGUCCCAGGACCGAACCAAACAGCUGUUUGAGCUCCUUAACUUCCUGGCUGAGAACUUCAUUUUCUCCUACAUGGGUCUGGCCCUGUUCACCUUCCAGAGCCACGUCUUUAAUCCCAUGUUCAUCGUAGGAGCUUUUCUGGCAGUGUUCCUGGGAAGAGCUGCUAACAUCUACCCUCUCUCAUUCCUUCUAAAUCUGGGACGACGCAACAAGAUCACAUCCAACUUUCAGCACAUGAUGAUGUUUGCAGGACUGCGAGGUGCGAUGACCUUCGCCCUGUCCAUCAGGGACACGGCGACAUAUGCCCGUCAGAUGAUGUUCACCACCACUCUGCUCGUGGUCUUCUUCACUGUGUGGAUUUGUGGAGGCGGCACCACCCAGAUGUUGUCCUGCCAGCGCAUACGAGUGGGAGUGGACUCUGAUCAAGAUAACUCUAUGAGCUUCGGCGAGGAAACAGAGAGAAGAAGCACCAAACAUGAUAGUGCUUGGCUUUUCAGGAUUUGGUACAACUUUGACCACAACUACCUGAAGCCCAUCCUGACUCACAGUGGCCCCCCCCUCACAGCCACGCUGCCUCCCUGCUGCGGCCCCCUUGCCCGCUUCCUCACCAGCCCUCAGGCCUUCGAGAAUGAAAGCCAGUUGAAGGACGACGACUCUGACCUCAUCCUGACCGACGGCGACAUCAACUUGACUUAUGGCGACAUUACAGUCAGUACAGAUGCCUCAGGGGCCCACACCAGCGGCGGUCUGGUCUUCGCUGGCGCCACCUCUGACGACUUGGACAGAGAGUUGGCAUACGGAGAUCAUGAGCUGGUGAUGAGGGGCACACGCCUGGUGCUGCCCAUGGAUGACUCGGAGCCGCCCUUUACAGACCCCCACCACCGCCUGCAGAUGUGAAGAAGUCAGUCUGUCAGCGCAGACACAGAAAACCGUCCAACUCACACUGACCCGAGCCAUCGAGCAAAAGACCAGUACCUGUCAUUCUGCCUCUGAAUUCUCUUCUGCUCCGGCACCGUUCCUCAUUCAUCUUGCUUUUUUAUUUUCCACACGUUUCCUCACUGCUACAUUUACUCACCUGCUCUUGUGGCAUAUCACUGUCUCUACCUCAUUCUUCAUUCUACUCAUUUCCACACCUUUCUGGCAUCUGCCAAAACUAUAAUCUAUUCUUAUUUAUUUGCUGGUUUUUUAUUUGGCAAUCAUUUGAAAGUGAAUUUUUCUGUUUGGCUUCAACUUGUGUGCUAGUUACCUUAACUGUAGCAUCGCACAGAGGUCCAGCAGCAUGUGUUAGUGUGCAAACGCAAGUACCGACCACUAUUUAAUUUGUCGACGUACAGUAUAUCACUAUAUCUUUGAUAUGCAUGCUGAGGAUGCUUGUUGUUUUCUUUGUAUGUGAGGUCGAGGGCUUUUGUGUUUCUGGGUCUGACCUUGAAUGUUGCUGCCUUCUCUCUGUGCAUCAGAGACAUGCUGACCCAGUGGACAACUUUACUGUACAUUUGGUUACAAUCAAGUGCCUGGGAAUUGUAGUUUUAAGCCUGGCGACCCACACUGUCUGAGGAUGGAUCGGUCAAACGGUCAAAGUUUUCCUUUGUAAAAAAGAGAAAUACCCAAAAAACAAAGCAGAGACCUCUGUCCAUAAGGUAGCAAUAUACUCAGCGGGUGUUGGGGCUGUCGGUUUGUGCUAUUUGCCUGUGAAUAGUGUGUAGCCAUGUGAUGCCACAGAUGCGUUGUGACCUGGCAGUGAAAGUCGUGGAUCUCUCCCAAUGACCUUUGACUGUGACAUAGAGAUGGACUUUACACCUUAAUUUAGAAGCUGAUGUUGCUCACAUCUGAACGAAGGGCUGCUGUGAGAUCCAAAUGAAGAAAGCUUAGUGCCAUCUCCGUCCUGCAUUUGGACUUUUUGUGAAAACCAAAUGUUAUCAAGUGUUUUAUAUUUUUUUUGGCAACAGAGCUUAUAUAUUUUAAGCAGAAUCACAUUUUUCAUACUCAUAUUUGGCUUCAUGCACAUUUUUAUAAUCGUUGUUGAGACUUUGAAUCCAAUUUUCUCAUUAAAAACAAAGAUAGUUAUAUGAAUUUGACACCAAAAGAAGUUGGACCAUGUUGUUGGUGAGAACACUGGUGUUUUGUGAGUGUAACUUUGGUAAAUCAAAGAAUUGAUUGUCUCUUUAUCUGAUUUUAUUUGGGCUGCAACCGAUCAUAAUUUUCAUUGUUGAUUCAUCAUUGUUUUGCUGAUUAAUGUCAAAAAAUGCCCAAAGAUAUAAAUUUUGCAAGCACAUAAGACUAAAAAUGAUAAGUAUUUACAUCUAUGAAGCUGGAUGAAGUGAAUUCUUUAUGAUAUUUAUGUGGGAGUUUGUAUUAAGAACAGAACAACUGUAGUUGUUUACAUGAUGGAUGUUUUUCUCUGCCGUCCUUUGGGAUUCAUGGCUUGAUAUUUAAACAGGAUGUUAAAUAACAUUAACGUGCUUCAAGUCAUAAGACGUGUUACAUUUAACUUAUUGUCUUACUCUGUCGUUCGAUGUCGAGGUUAUUUUCGUGCGUAGAAUGGAAGGUUGUGUUGUCUCCUUCGGGUGUGGAGUAUAGCAGCUGUUGAUGGGGGUUCAACAGGAAGCGUUGAUAGGACUUCACCGUGGCAACACUGUGUUGAUGCGGACAGAGGCCAGGAAACACUCGAUGACGUAGUCGAACACAGUGGUUUGGUGGUUUGCCCUUGCAGUGAGCCUAAGAAAAAAAAAUCGGGUGAAUGAGUUAAGGAAGAGAGUGUGAGAUAUAGAUGAUUAAAAUAAGAGGAAUAGAUGAGGAAGGAGAGUUUGGACGUUGUUUUUGUGUCUUUUCGUAUAUUGGGGAUGAAACAGAGGUGGAAGGAAGAGCAGGCGUUUUUAAAUAUCGCUUUUCCUUCCACAGUUAUCUUCUGCUAUGCAGGAACUUCUUAUUAAAAGUGUUGACAUUAAAUCAGCCAUGCCUUUUGACAUCCCAUUAUCCAGGAAACUAUUUAAUCUUCCCUCCGCUUUAUACUUUUCAUUUGUGUUAUUUUGGACUUUUAUUUUGUUGAUGUGAUGGGAAAAAAGCCGAAUAAUUUGCACUCAUCUUUUGAGAAUGUCUUUCUGUGUUAUUGCCAUGUUUGUUUUAUCUAGCAGCUGCUUUUUUUAUUGUUUACCUUGUGUUUUGGAAGCUUGUGAAAGAGCAAUGUGCCGUCUGUUAAAUGAUCGGUGAAGAAAUGUAUUUCGUAGACAUUCAGUUUGGUUCAUCGAUGAAGACCUUGUGAAGAAUAAUGUCCGCACUGCAGUGGCAGACCUUUCAUACUGUCAUUAACCCUUUGCAGGUACUUUGUAUGUAUGUUCGCAGUUUAAAUGUCUUCUACAGAGCAUGAAUCAUUCAUCCCCCACUGAUGGUGGAAAAAAAAAUAAUACAACAUUAUAUACAAGCAGAGAUUUGUGACACUGUUCUUUAACUGACACAUUAAAAAAGUGAAAUCUGCAAAAGCUCUUCUAGGUUUUAGUAUUUGCUUCCAGCUCUGCCAGUGUGUUUCUCUCUUUGCUCUCUGAGUGGUCGGCUUUGACCAGUGGGAAUCUUGUCUGAAGUCGCUGACCAAAGAGGCCUGCUGUGCUCUGUGUUUUCAAACAGUCCACCCUAUCUUUAUACUGCAAAUCUCUCUCUCUCUCUCUCUCUCUCUCUCUCUCUCUCUC